AUGAGCUUCUAUCCUCACAUAUGGAAGAUUCUGCAGAUAUUGGCAACUAUAAUCACGACUGUCACGCAAGAUCUGGACAGCCAGGAGACCUCUGAUGCCAUCAAAUCCUCCACCCCAUAUCUCAUGUAUCUUCCUGUAAGUUACCAGGUGUGGGAUGCAGACUACUUUCUGCUAAAAGAGGCGGAACAGGACAUCAUGAGCAAUUCCAGUAUGCAAAGUCACACACAGCCAAUUGUCAUUCUCCGGGCAGAGCGUCACCCAGUGAUUAAUGCCAGCUAUAGCCUCUUCUCAACCAAACAGGAGAUCCCCUUGGAUUUAAUGCAGUCAGUGGAGUUAUUUCGACCCUCGCCGCCAGUUUUCACUCUCAACUGGAGAGUGCAGUCUUUUGUGUUAACCCGAUGGGUCUAUUCAUCUUCUCCCAAAGUGCAAGUCCUCUUCUACGUGGCUGGGAGGGAUUGGGCCAGGGAGGAAAAGGUAAAAGGGAGUAAAGAUGAGCUGCCAUGUGUGAUCGUAUACGCCUUCUGGCAGACACAGGAAGUCCUUAGCUCUUGCAUCAUUGGAAAUAAGCAUGGGACCUGCAUGGCCGAGAUUGACAUUCCUGUGGCCUGGUUCAGCCCAGCUGAGAGCAGCUCCAGCCGGGAAAGACUGGGGCCAUCCCAGGGCAACCCUGUGGAGCUUUACUACCAGGCCCGACCCAGCACCUUUGGGCCAUGCAGCGGCAGUGGAGAGGAAAGUAAAAAAUGGAAUGUGGAGGGUGGAAAUGUAGGGCAGCCCCAGGUGGCUGUGACCCCAAUGCAGAGGAUUGGGAGUGUGCGCCUCCUACAGGUCAAACAGGGGGCCGCACCAGUGUCUGUCCUUAGAUUGGGAGAGGCUGUGGUCAUCCAGACCUCCUCUAAACCACUUAAAAAGAACGAUAUUGCCUCUUUUUAUGUUUACAUGAGGAGCUCUGCCAACCUGGACACAUUUUCCCUCAGGGCCAUGGUAAAAAAGGGUGUCUCUUUUCGCAUAGCCACACCCAGCAACACGCAGCUGUGGGAAAUCAUAUUGGAUAAAGGACCAGAUGGAAGUGUUGGAGUAAUCUGUCAGAGAAAGUCAAGUACAGUUGGGAAAAGCUGUCAUGACUAA